UUCAUCCCAUAAAAAACAAAGCAAGGAAUUUGAUUUGUUUUUUGUUAUUUUAUUCAGUGAGCACGCAUGUUAGCAAAAAGAAACGACGAGAUUGGUGCUGUAUUUCUUUGUUUUGUGAUGGGAUGAAUAUAUGUUCAGUUAGAUGGAAAACGGAACAGAUCUCCUACUAAGUUUCAAAACUCGAUUUGUGCAUAUGCUCAUUAUGUGACAGCCUGAUCCGCUAUGGGUGAACGCAAGGGACAGAACCACUACUACCCACCGGAUUACGACCCCAAGGUGGGCAGUUUAAACAAAUGGCACGGCACACAUGCACUGCGGGAGCGGGCCCGCAAAAUUCAUCUGGGAAUUAUCAUCAUCCGAUUCGAGAUGCCCUAUAACAUUUGGUGCGAUGGUUGCAAGAAUCAUAUUGGCAUGGGCGUUCGAUACAAUGCGGAAAAGACCAAAAUUGGAAUGUACUAUUCCACACCAGUUUACCAGUUUCGGAUGAAGUGUCACCUUUGUGACAAUCACUUCGAAAUUAAAACAGAUCCUGCUAAUUUGGACUACGUGAUAGUAUCGGGAGCGAGGAGACAAGAGAAUCGAUGGGAUCCAACACAGAACGAGCAGAUUGUGCCGGAAACGAAAGAAGUUCAAAAAAAGCUUUUCGAUGAUCCUAUGUACAAACUUGAGCAUGGCGCUAAAGACAUAAAAACGGCAGAGGAUGCUAAACCGGUGUUGGGCAAAUUGUAUGAACGGAACAGUAGUGUUUGGAGGGAUGAUUUCGAAGCCAACAGUCGUCUGCGCGCAGAGUUUAGAAGCGCCAAAAAGCAAAUAAAACAACAGGACGACAAGGAUAAGGUAUUACUAGCAAAAUCCAGUCUCGAUAUAGCGCUUCUGCCGGAAAGUGAUAACGAUCGAAGAAUGGCCGCUUUAAUGCGAUUGCAUUCAGCCAAAUCAAUAGCGGAGAAAGAUCAAGAUCGAAGGUUCGCCAUAAUCAACAGACCGGCCUUACCAUCCACUUCUACGGGAGACAAAUCGAAAGUUAAAGUGGUAAACGCCAAGUUAGAUGCUAAAAAUCUCGGAAUCGUGAAAAGAGCUGCCACGCCUACUGCUGCUGCUUUGACAUUGACUGGUGCCGAGGGAAAAACUGAUUUGUCAGGGGUAAGUGACGCAAUGGUCAAGAAACCCAAGUUGCUGUUGUGCGAUUAUAGCUCGGGUUCUAGUGAUAGUGACUAGUUUUCACGAAUAAAAUUUAAUAAUAUAAAUCA